UAGUGAUGAUUUUAUUCAUGAUAAAUGUAGGUCUUCCCACUUUAUUUCUAUCUAUGAUAACUUGUGCAAUGAACAUAAAGUGAGCCUUUUCAUCUCAUUUAAAUUACACUUGUCAUUUUUAUCAUUUUUUAAUUGUUGUCCAAUUCAUCAUGUCGGUUCCUACUUUAAUGCGAAUUGUUUCAGCUAGUGUUUCAGUUGCUAAUAAAGCAGGAUCUAUAGUAAAAGGUGUUCUCAGUCGUGGUAAUUUGAACAUCAUUGAUAAGGGUAUCAAUGAUUUCCAAACGGAAGCGGAUCGAAUGAUCCAACGAUGUAUUGUCGCAUCAUUGUCAAAAUCAUUCCCUAAGAUCACCAUAAUUGCUGAAGAGGAUCUUGAACCUAGUGAUUCUGAUGAGGAGUUAGUCUGCCAAACAUUGGAUGAAAGUGUACUCAAACAUUCGUGUCCUGCUGAGUUGGCCAAUGUCAAUGAUGAGGACAUUGUUGUCUGGGUUGACCCUCUUGAUGGUACAGCGGAAUUCACUCAAGGCUUACUUGAACAAGUGACAAUUCUUAUUGGAAUUGCUGUUGCUGGUAAAGCAGUUUCUGGUGUCAUUCAUCAACCUUAUUACAAACAUUCUAUUGAGAAAGAUCCUGCAAAAGUUGGUCGUACUAUGUGGGGUGUUGUAGGCCUUGGUGCUUUUGGGAUUGAGAAAAAAGAACCACCAGCAAAUGAGUUGACUAUUGCUACAACUAGAUCACACAGAAGCAAGCUUGUUGACGAUACUUUAUUGGCUAUGAAGCCAACUACUGAAAUGCGAAUCGGGGGAGCUGGUCACAAAGUAUUGUUGGUUAUCGAGGGUCAAGCUCAUGCAUACGUUUACCCUAGUAGUGGUUGCAAAAAAUGGGAUACUUGUGCUCCUGAGGCUAUUCUUCAUGCUGUCGGAGGCAAAUUCACUGAUAUUUUUGGAAAUGAUAUGAAAUAUCAUAAGGAUAUUCCACAUCCAAAUACAGGAGGAAUUUUAGCUGCCACUUCACCCGAAAUGAAUGCAAAAUUAGCUGCUUUAGUUCCAGAUCAUGUGAAGCAAUCAUUGACAUCUCAAUGACCAAAGGAAAAUCACAUUCGAAACAAUAUCAAAAGAAAUUAAAAAUUAGAAAUUGAACCAAGAUCCACUUCUCAAUCUUCCAAAAAGUUCCCUUCAUGCAAGGAUCUUUUUUAAAACAAAUUACGAUAAAUUCCCGCUGGAUAAACCAAAUCAUACUGAUGAAAACGAAAAAUGAAAUCCGCAACUUUUGUCCAAAAUGAACUACUUAACAUUGCAACAUUGCUUAAGAUAUUGAUUAGAGUAAAGAAUUCUUUAAUUUUGCUUUA